GACGUUUGCAGGUAACCUCCCAGAUCAGGGAAGAUUGAGAGAAUUCACUUAUAAUCUCUCAUCGAGAUUAAUUGCAGCGUCAAAGUGCAGCGUCGCAGCCUCAAAAAGUUGAGUUUUGUAGCAAAUAAAUUAUACUAAAUGUUAUUUGCGGUUAAAAUGUCUUCUUCAUCCAUUAAUUUUUCUUUUGAAAAGCGUAUGUGAUGAAUCAUAAUUGGGCAAUGAAUUUUCAUACAUCUACUACCUCUUUGAAUUUCAUAUCUCUGUUCAUAAUUCCUUUUUUGAAAUUUUAAUAUUUAAAUCUAGCGCCAAAACUAAAUAGCGUUCAUUUUUGGCGCUACAAUUAAUCUCGAUCGUGCUUCUGUUGAAAUAAUACCUCGUGAAAACGUGAUGUAAUAUACAAUAGGUGACAUUGGCAUCAGAAUUAUAAGGUGUAACCUCUACUGUUGUGUACAAUUGUGUCAAGUCUCCAUUCUGCUAUUGAAAGAAGAACAUAUGAAAGAAAGAAUCUGUAAUACCUAGCAUAAAAACGUAAUCGCCAUUGAGGUGAAUUCUAUCUUCCUGGUAUAAAUAUGUCGAAGGCAUCAAAAGCAAGUUUAAAAGAAGCUCGGGACUUGAUAAAUCAAAAGGAAUACAAAGUAGCAAUAAGGAUAUGCAAAAAUGUUUUGAAGGAGGAUAAGAGUAAUUAUGUAGCUCUGGUCUUACUUGGCGCAGCUAUGCAGGAAGUGGAAGAGUUGAGAUCUCAAGCUCCGCUAGCUCUUAAGAAAGCUACCGAGCUUCAGCCAAAUAAUAUUGUGGCGUGGCGAGGAUUAGUCACGUUCUAUGAACGUGACCCAAGUAAUCCUGCUGCGUUGCUAGAAUUAAUUACUGCAAGCAGUAAACUCUUGGAGCUUCAUGGGGAACUGGAAAAAUUCUCAAGUACAUCAAUUAAAAUUGUUGAUUAUACACUGCAAUUAAAAAAUGAUACAGCAGUGGCAGAUGUUGUAUCAACAUUUCAGCACCUACGAGAAAUAUCGAGCGAAGAUAGGAAAAAAGUAAUCAAUUUAAGCUUGGCAAGAAUCUUAACCGAAUAUCCUCAGGAUCUGAAAGAAUAUUCCGGUCUGCUAGAAGCGACUCUUGCCGCGGUGUGCAAAGAUCUAAAUAUUCCCAAUAGACAAGAAUAUUAUAAAAAAUACCUGAAGAUUCUCUAUAAGGCUGGCAAAGCAGAUGUUUUACUUACGGAAGCUGCCAGAAUGCACGAACAAUUUUCUGACGAUACUUCUUCGUUAGAGUGGAUCUGCCGAUUAUAUUCAGAAAACAGUUUAUCAAAUGGGUCUUGCAAUGGUAUAGAAAUAACACCAUUCUACGAAGCACUUUUAGCUCUAAAUACAGAGUCUAGUAUGGCAGCAAUGGCUAAAGGGGUGGAUUUGUGCCAAAAAGAUCAAUUAAUUGAAUCUAGAGACAUUUUAAAUAAAGUUGCUCUUGUGAAACCAAACUGGUUGUACCCUUGGUUAGCUUUGGCUGAAGUUAAUCUGAAGUUGUACUGCUUUGAGGAAACUGAGAGAAAUGCACUUCGGGCUGAACAAUUGAUGACACUUCAAACAUCAGAUAAAUUACAGCAUAGGGUAAAACUUAUAUUAAUUGAAGCCAUGGUCAAGAGUUCUAACUCGAAUCAAGUAAAGGCUGCUAUCAAAAAGUGUGAAGAACAGAUGACAAGUGAAGAUUCUUCAACGAAGAUAGAAUUACUCUUGGCAAGAGCAUAUAUUUAUCUGCAAGAUCCAAAGGCAGAAAGUUUAUUGGACAAACUAGACAGCGAGCCAGAAACAAAGGUUGAGGCUACCGUUCUCAGAGCAAUUGGUCUGAAAAAUUCACAGAAGUUAGAGGAAGCCGCAGAUUUUCUUGGCUCAGCAUUGGAGAGCUCUGAGGCAUGGCUAAUUUUGGGGAAAAUACAUUGGGAAAUCAGAGAUUAUAGCCACAGUUUGAUGGCAUUUUUAAAAAGUAUUCAUGCCGAUCGCUACAACUGGGAAUGCCUAGUUUAUUUAGGUCACUAUUAUCAACGUCAUGGGAAUGAUCCAGAAAAGUCUCAGCGGUGCUAUUCAAAAGCUUUGCAGAUUAAUCCAGAUUCCAAAGAAGCAGGCAUCGGUCUCAGUACAGCUUACAGGCUCCUGAAGAACAGCGAAGCAAACAUGCAACUGCUGCAGGGAGUCACGAUGUAUGGCAGUGGACCCAAGUGGGCUUGGCUCCAAUUAGGUCUGCAUUAUUUGGACCAGGACGAACCUGAGCAGGCUGUACGUUCGCUACGUAAUGCUAUCAGAAGCGAUCCAAAUGACAAUAUCUGUUGGGAGAUUUUAGCUGAUGCAUAUCUAGAGAAAGGAGCUCACACAUCAGCUUUGAAAUCGUAUCAGCGUGCCCUGGAAUUGUCUCCUGGAUCUGUUUAUUCUAUGAUACAGAUAGCGAACAUCAAAUUGAUGCUUGGCCAGUUUUUAGAAGCGAAAGUAGAUUUUGAAUCAGUCCUUCUGCGAGAACAACACUAUCUUCCGGCGCUUAAAGGACUCGCGGAAACGUUGCUUGCCUUGUCUGACGAACAUGGAAAAAAACAAUUACUGUGCCGGUCUAGGGAAAACGCUCAAUCAGCCAUAGAUCAUUUAACCACAGCAAUAACGGUGGAAAGCAAUUUCUCUUGUCUUUGGAAAUUGCUGGGUGACGCUUGUUACAAAAUAUCACAUCUACCGUUGAAAUAUGCUUUUCUAAAAGUUGCAAGCGGCCUGGUUAAAGCUGAGACUCCAGAGCCAUACGUGACCAUCGAUAGGGCAGAUGUAUUCGCACUAUCCGUAAGAUCAUAUUGCCGUGCGUUGAGUUUAUCUCCAGACUCUGCGCUGCUCUGGCAUGAUUUAGCGUCGAGUUAUUUGGCGCAGUUACGGUUAAGUGCGACAGAACGUUCCUACGAGAUUGCUGAAAAAGCAGAGGCAGCCGCUAAGCAGGCUAUACGGCUUGCCCCAUCCUCGUGGCGCCAUUGGAAUCUCUUGGGAGUUAUUUGCAUGACGAAAGAAAUAAAAAAUUACGCUCUUUCGCAGCAUUGUUACGUGAUGGCGAUCGAUAUGGAACCGCAGAACGCCAUUGCGUGGACCAACUUGGGAACCUUGUACCUACAUUUAGAUGAUUCUUACAGAGCAAACGAAGCUUUCGCCCGGGCCCAACGGGCUGAUCCUGGAUACAUUAACUGUUGGAUAGGUCAGGCAUUCAUUGCGGAAAAAGUUCGUCAAAAAGAGGCAAUGGAUUUGUUCAGGCACACAACGCAGUUAGGAUAUCGCGACCAGGCUGCAUUGGGUUACGCUCAUUGGGUUUUAACAACGCUUUUAGACCCCGAAGCUAAAAAGGACCCGUUAUACACGUAUGCAAUAGAAAAUAUGCAUGCAGUAACUGUGGCAACAGAUGGAAUGAGUUGGUACGUCGAGCAUGUGCCGGAUGAUCCCUGUGCGUUGAAUGCUUAUGGUUUAUUGUUGGAGCGUCAAAAACUGUACAAUCCGGCAGGACGAGUAUUUUCCAAGGCUUUGAAACUGGUCACCAAAGACAAUGAGCGAGACGCGUUGCAAGUGAAUUUGUCCCGGAUUUUGAUUAAGCUAAACAAUUUCGACAAAGCUGUUGAACUUUGCCAGACGAUAAAGAAUGCUGAUUUCAAUUCCCAUUGCCAACUCGCCAUUUCGUUAUUCAAAGCCGAAAGAUACGAGGAGUCAUACGGUGCUUACGAAGCAGCGUUGGAGUGGCUAGCAACCGGUGGUUCGGAUAAAGCUCAUGUACUUUGUGCGAUGGCUGCCAUCGCGUACAUGUUCCAAGGUGCUGACGCUGCCAAAACGUUACUCUUCCAAUGCAUUCAAAUGCAACCACCUAUCGUAUCUGGUCUCCUGGCCGCAGCUGCGCUUGGGUUGAUACAGCAGGAUUUGAAUUUGACAACUUUAGUUCUCAAUGAAUUGAAGGUGUAUAAAGAUCAUAAGGAACACAGAAGUGAUAUUACGUUUCUCACCGCGUAUCUGCACAUUUUACGAAACGAUCCCAAGAGCGCAAUCAGAGUGUUGAGCAAAGGCGUUCACAGACAUCCUGACGACGUACAAUCUUGGGUAUUCCUGGUAAGAUUCCUGUUCGAAUCAUCGCCAGAUAUUGCUGGUAAUUGUGCCGAGAAAGCUUUAUUACUGGGACGCAAAGAUUGCAGCGAUAUUGUAGCAGAAGUAGUUUGCACGUCGUCUAUAAGUCGACUUGUUUCUGGCCAGGGAAAGGAAGGAUUGAGGUUAGCGCAAAAAACAGUACACUCGUUCCCUUACAUGGCUCAAAGUUGGGCUACUAUGAUUGCAGGACUUCUACCAAGAUGCAAUGCCGUGGAUUCUUCUCCAAGCGCUCAUUGGCUUACAGUGCUCAUUUCCAUUGUACGACGUUACUUUCCAACAACCAGACGUAUGACACAAUGGCUUUCUAAUAGCGAACGAAAAGCUAGUCUGAUUGCUGACAAAGUUGCAGCAUUACGAUGAAAGGUGUAAAAUAGAGAUGUACGAAAUUUUACAACCAUUUAACAAACCGUGAUUUAUAGGAUUACAAUGAAUCUGAUUUUGUUUUCCGAUGGCCACUAAUUACAUGAAUUUGGUUACUGUAUUCUAUAUUAGGUUAUACUAUUAAACGAGAUCUUUUAGACCUAA